AAAGAUGACGGACUCGGGGGAUCUAUUCGCUUGGGCCGCGGGAAGGAACGAAGGAAGGAAGGAAAGAAGGAAGAGAGGAAGGAAUGAGGAAGGAAGGACGAGAGGAAUGAAGGAAGAGAUGAAGGAAUGAGGAAGGAAGCAAGUAAAGAAGAAAAAGGUAGAAAGGAAGGAAGGAAAGAAGGAAGGAAUGAGGAAGGAAAAUGGAAGGAAGAGAGGAAGAAUUGAAUGAGGAAGGCAAAAGAAAAUGAAGGAAGAAGGAAGGAAAGAAGGAAGGAAGUAAAGAAAGUAAGGAAGGAAUGAGGAAGCAAGAGAGGCAGACAGGGUCGGAGCGGCCGUCUGUAAGGUGGGGACCGUCAAGGCGCGCGCCGCCGCUGUUUUCACUUCCUGCCGGCGCGCCGCUGUGACGCAACCAGGAGGCACUUUCCCCGCCGACCUCGCGCGCCGAGCUGCAGGAGAGCACCGUUAUAUCGAUACAUCGAACAUAUCGAUACUUCAUGUUCAAAUAUCGAUAUUUUGUUACGAUAAUAUCAAAAAAAACAUAUACUCUUAACCAUUUUAUUCUAAAACUUGUGUUGAGUAGUGUACAUCGAAAGGCCCCAAGUUUCAGCGACGCUAAAGUCAUUUCCAACUAUCGUGUCUCCCUGCUUGUGAACUCCAGUCAGUUCUACUGUUGCCGCAGGCGCCGCGCGCACGGGCUGCUACUAGCGCUCCUGGCGGGCAGCUGGUGCACCGUGGCUCUGGAGCAGCAGGACCAGGGCAGCCAACCCGAUCAGCCGGCCAGGAUCGUCCUGCCAACCUAUGAGCUCGAACCCCCUCAGCAACUCGCUGAGGCCAGCACCUCACCGAGGCCUCCCGCAGGGCUGGCCUCCACCAAGAGGCCAGAGCGGGCUCGGGAGGAGCUGAAGGAGCGAGGCCCUCUGGAGCCCAAACCCGUCAACAAGCUGCAGCUGGUGCUCCUCGAGUAUCUCCAGCCCACUCCGCUUGUGGACGGCCUGAGGGAGGAGGACAAGUACGGCAAUGAUGGAGAGAGGUUCAACCGCAUCGGCCGCACCUUCGUGGACGGUGUGGGCGCCCUCACCAGCCUGCUGCGCUCCGCCGUCGACUAUCCGACGGUCGUGCUGAAAGGCAUCUCCAGGAGGUUCACGCAAGCUCUCAACAGCAUCGGCUCCAGGAUCGUCGGUCUGCAGCGACGCCGGUGAGCGGGGGUGGAACUACGUCGGCGGAGAGCACACCAGCCGGUGAUCCUCGCCAUUUUGGCAUUCUACCUCGGUACUCCUGCAGUAACGUUUGCCGUGCCAACACAUCGGUGUCAGUGACGAUGGACAAGCGCCGAAACGAAGCGAAAAAGUCCCCUUUCUUCCAUCGCAACUCAGACUGUGUAUGAUGUUUUCUGAAGAAAACUGGGGAAAAAAGACCACCCAUCCACCCCUUCUCAUGAACUCCUUGUUAAGCCUUUUGGCGUGGUGCAAAAUUUUCAAAUAAUAUUGAAACACGUGCCAAAACCAAUAGGAUCUCUGCAAUCUAACAUGUCACACUGACAGUGAAACUUAACUUAGCUGAGUCGAAGCAACGGCUUGGGUAUGACAUCAACAAUCAACAAACUGUAGUAGGUGUGAAAAGAGUGACUCGUCAUGCGCUAACGAUUAUCAAAGUAUAUGUAAUAUGAGGUGAACUUUAACAACUGUGCCUUUAAAAUAAUUUAAUUGUAGAGCCCGAGGAUGAAUAAUAAAAAAAAAUCGUCCGUUAAAAACUGCUCGUACCUAUGCAGAAGAUCAAAAUUUUCAAUGCAAAUGUAAAAAUAAGUUAAUAUUUAAACAUUCGUGUAAAACUAAAUUAUUUUGACAGAUUGGAUAUUAUCAUUUACUACAAUAAAUCAUGAAAGUUUUGCAGACCAAAAUAUCUUAGUGAUAUAUGUCAGUUCAAUCCUCUCAUUUAAAUUCAACGAUUAAUCCUGCCCAUAGAAUAGCUUAUUUAUUUUUCUCCACUGCAACAAAAGUAAUCAAAAUAUAGUUUUGAUAUUUGAAAAUGAUUUUUCUACUGCAAAUUCGUUGUUUAUAAUAAAAAUGAACCGUGAUAAAUUAGUCAUGGAUUUAUAUUAAGGACAUUGGUGGAAUGAUACCUCAAUAAUUGGUUUUGAAUGUAUUUAUAUGUAUUUGUUACAAAGACAAAAUAAUGUAUCAUUAUCAUGGUACAAUCGUAUACAUUUGUAGUGUACAAUCGUAAUUCCCAAAUAAAUUAAGCUUUUUGUUUACCUACUACUCAGUUUAUCAUUAGACACCAAAAAAACAUUAUUCAGAAUUAAUCCGCUUAUUGAAGUAAUUUCAAGACUUAAUAGUAUUACUUCAUAAAUGAAUUUAUAAUUUAAUGUUUUAGGCUCUAAACAUGGAGGAUAUUAAUUUUCUUUGUAAUAAUUUGUGUGUUUUAACAAAAAUUAAAGUUGAUUUCUGUCAA